CUACCCUGGCUCUUUAGGGGCCAGAGCGGUUCGCAGUGACAGGCCGGGACCCGAGGGAACUGGGCAUCCGCUUGCUUCCUAGCUCCAUCCCACAGCCUUCCGGGACAGGUUCCUGCCCUCUGCCCUGGUGGGCUAUGGGAGGCCAGAGAUCUGAGGGCCUUGGAAACCCUGGUGUUGGAGUUCGGGGCGCUAGUUCGGUCCCGCUCCUGGCUUUUGCUUUUCGCGUGGAGGAGGAGGAGAUGGUCUGUAAAGGCUCCUUGUGGUCCAGACCAUGUCCUCAUCCUGGCUUGGAGACUCUUAGGCUACAUCACAGCCUUGACCUUCAGCCGCUCCCCAGGAAUAGCAGAACCCGAAGGAAAACUGAGUCCCAUUGGCUGCCCCCUUGAGCAAGUCCGUAAAGCGCCAAGAAUAGAGCCCAAGAGUCCUAAUCUCAGUCCAGCUAGCCGUUCGCCUCCCCUAAACCCCAAUCCCCAAAGAGUCAUCUGACUGGUUUGCUGAGUGUGUUUGUUGGGGGUGCCUUCAAGGCCUUCUUUCUCUCCCUCAAUUACCUUUCUCCUCUGGGCGGUCACCUCUCAGGCACCUCCGGGCUCUAACCUGUCUGCUCCGUCGCCCUCUAUGGGCCAGCCGAGGCCACAAUGCUGCUCGGGGCAUCUCUGGUGGGGGUGUUGCUGUUCUCCAAGCUGGUGCUGAAACUGCCCUGGACCCAAGUGGGGUUCUCUCUGCUGCUCCUCUACCUGGGGUCUGGCGGCUGGCGCUUCGUCCGGGUCUUCAUCAAGACCAUCAGGCGCGAUGUCUUCGGUGGCAUGGUGCUCCUGAAGGUGAAGACAAAGGUCCAGCGGUACCUGCGGGAGCAGCAGACGGUGCCCCUUUUGUUCGCCUCUACGGUCCGGCGCCACCCUGACAAGACGGCCCUGAUCUUCGAGGGCACAGACACCCACUGGACUUUCCGCCAGCUGGACGACUACUCGAGCAGUGUGGCCAAUUUCUUGCAGGCCCGGGGCCUGGCCUCGGGCGACGUGGCUGCCCUCUUCAUGGAGAACCGCAAUGAGUUUGUGGGCCUGUGGCUGGGCAUGGCCAAGCUGGGCGUGGAGGCGGCUCUCAUCAACACCAACCUCCGGCGGGACGCCCUGCGCCACUGCCUGACCACCUCCCAGGCCCGGGCCCUCAUCUUUGGCAGCGAGAUGGCCCCCGCUGUCUUUGAGAUCCAUGCCAGCCUGGACCCCUCACUCAGCCUCUUCUGCUCCGGCCCCUGGGAGCCCAGUGCAGUGCCCGCUAGCACCGAGCACCUGGAUCCCCUGCUGGAAGAUGCCCCUAAGCACUUACCCAGUCACCCUGUAAAGGGCUUCAUAGAUAAGCUCUUCUACAUCUACACAUCGGGCACCACGGGGCUGCCCAAAGCCGCCAUCGUGGUGCAUAGCAGGUAUUACCGCAUGGCUGCCCUGGUGUACUACGGAUUCCGCAUGCGGCCUGACGACAUUGUCUAUGACUGCCUCCCGCUCUACCACUCAGCAGGAAACAUCGUGGGGAUCGGGCAGUGCCUGCUGCACGGCCUAACAGUGGUGAUCCGGAAGAAGUUCUCAGCUUCCCGGUUCUGGGAUGACUGUAUCAAGUACAACUGCACAAUUGUGCAGUACAUCGGCGAACUCUGCCGCUACCUCCUGAACCAGCCGCGCCGGGAGGCGGAGACCCGGCAUCGGGUGCGCAUGGCGCUCGGCAACGGCCUUCGGCAGUCCAUCUGGACCGAGUUUUCUAGCCGCUUCCACAUCCCCCAGGUGGCUGAGUUCUACGGGGCCACUGAGUGUAACUGCAGCCUGGGGAACUUUGACAGCCAGGUGGGGGCCUGUGGCUUCAACAGCCGCAUCCUGUCCUUCGUGUACCCCAUCCGGCUGGUGCGUGUCAAUGAGGACACCAUGGAGCUGAUCCGGGGCCCCGAUGGCAUCUGCCUUCCCUGCCAGCCAGGGGAGCCGGGCCAGCUGGUGGGCCGCAUCGUCCAGAAGGACCCCCUGCGGCGCUUCGACGGCUACCUCAACCAGGGCGCCAGCAAUAAGAAGAUCGCCAAGGACGUCUUCCAGAAAGGGGACCAGGCCUACCUCACUGGUGAUGUGCUGGUGAUGGACGAGCUGGGCUACCUGUACUUCCGAGACCGCACUGGGGACACGUUCCGCUGGAAGGGUGAGAACGUGUCCACCACCGAAGUGGAGGGCACGCUCAGCCGCCUGCUGGACAUGGCCGAUGUGGCAGUGUAUGGUGUCGAGGUGCCAGGAACCGAGGGCCGGGCCGGAAUGGCUGCUGUGGCCAAGCCCGCUUGCAGCUGUGACCUGGAGCACUUUGCACAGCUCCUGGAGAAGGAGCUGCCGCUAUACGCCCGCCCCAUCUUCCUGCGCUUCCUGCCUGAGCUGCACAAAACAGGGACCUUCAAGUUACUGAAGACAGAGCUGCGGAAGGAGGGCUUUGACCCUGUGGUCGUGAAGGACCCACUGUUCUACCUGGAUGCCCGGAAGGGCUGCUACAGCCCGCUGGACACAGAGGCCUACACCCGCAUCCAGGCAGGCGAGGAGAAGCUGUGAUUUGCUUCGAAUCCCUCUGAGGGCGGGCGGAGCUGGAUCCAGAGCCCCAGCUCCCACUCCAGGGGGGUGCUGGGCGAUGCCAGACCAAAGCAGGCGGGACCCGGCACCUCGACCCCGAGGUGCUGACCCCUCCCCCUCAAAACUGCCAAGUGACUCACUGCCACCUCCCCCUCCCCCCAGAGGCUUUCUGUGAAAGCCUCAUGUCCACGUAUUUCUUCAAGGCCAGGCGGGGCCUCUGGGCCCCAGGCUGAGACUGACUGGGCCCCUCAGGAUGAUGUCUUAGGUCAGGGCAGGGGGAGGUGGAAGGUUACCAAGCACUCCCCAGAGAGCAGGGAGCUUGUACAUGGGACCAGGGCAGAAGCCCCCAGACUCAGGAAGCCAGCAGAGUGGGAAGGCGCAGCAGUGACCAUUGAUCAGGUGGCCGAAGAGGAUCCUGACUCCCGAGCUGCUCAAGUGUCACUCCAUGCUGCCUUGGCCUCCAGGAGAGUAGAAGGAGGACCCCGAACUGCAGCAGGUUGCUUGGACAGAGCACCCCCUCCUGUCCUCCUCUCCCUGGGUGGCUGCCUGACUGUCCCUCAGGCAGGGUCUUUCUGUCUUUGUGGGUCUGUCCGUGUCACCUUCUCCAUCUCGGCCCUGGCCUGGCUAUGAGGAGGGGUGGGGGGGUGCUCAGGGGCCAAUAAACUCUACCUUGACUACCCCCAGCCUGUGUGCAUGCCACCCAAGCUCACCCCCAGCCUGCUCAGGCCCCACCUCCCGCCCCAAUCACUCACUCGUCCAUUCAUUCAUUCCCUUGGACUUGGGGAUACGUCACAGCCCCUGCCACAGCCCCUGCCUUUGGUGUGUUGUCUCAGACGGGGGGUAGUCCACACCUGAGUCUGACAAGGUGUUUAACAGCAUGAGCUUGGAAGUCCAAACCAGCUAUGUCACUUAUAAGCUUGUGGCCUUGGCCAAGUGACUCAGUCCCCUCAUCUGUGAAAUGGGAAUAAUCAGGAGGAUCCAGGGAGCAAAAGGUAGCCAUUAUGGGGGGAAGGCUGUUCAGAGCCUUCAAGGAGAAAUCCCUAACCCAGGACAGGAUCCCAUCUCCACACCCUUGUUCGUGCUGUUCCCUCUGCCUGGGGUGCAUUUCCCAGGGGUUUGGGGGCUGUGUGAGCCAGGGCAGGGCUGCCUAACAGGCCAAGCGGAGUCCAGGAAAGCUUCCUGGAGUCUUACGAGGGCUGUAGAGUCAGCAGUGCCAGUGGAGAGCCAGCUGUCCCCUAGGCCCCGUCACUGGAGUCGUGCACAGCCCAAUGGGAAAAGGGGCCAGCACAGCCCAGGGCAGCAGACUGUGCCCGGGGGCCUCAUCCUCACUGUUUAACCCUCACCAUGGUCUGUGUCACUUGGCUGAGGUCACACAGCAAGUGGAGGGGCUGGAAUGCAAACCCCAGCCCCGAGCCCUUCCCACUCCUCCACCUGCCUCCUUGGUGCAGAAGGCAACAGGAAAGCCAGAAGAGCUUCCAUUCCAGGCUUGCCUGUGGAGCUCACUGUGGGCCACGCCCGAGGCCAGCAGCUGACAGUCUGGGUGGAGGGUGGCCACGACGAGAAAUCUGGAGUGCCUCCUUGGGGAGUGGCCUUUGAAAGACAGAAGAGUCUGGU